AUGAAGAAUUUUGGAUAUACAGAGAGUAAUUCGGAUCACACUUUGUUCUUGAAGCGUGAUGGAAAGAAGCUUACCGCACUUAUUGUUUAUUUGGAUGACAUAGUUGUGACUGGAAACGACACAGGAGAGAAAUUGAAACUGCAGAAGUAUUUGUCUCAGGAAUUUGAGAUGAAGGAUUUAGGUAAUCUGAAGUACUUUCUUGGAAUUGAAGUAGCAAGGUCUGCAAAUGGUAUAUUUCUGUCACAGAGGAAGUAUGUAUUGGAUCUACUCGCUGAAACAGGAUUGCUUGGAUGUAAGCCUGCUGACACACCAAUCGAGAUGAAUCACAAGUUGUGUGAAGAUGCUGAUUGGGCUGGCUCCAUUACUGACAAACGCUAUCCUUCAGGUUACUUUACCUUCGUGGGAG